UCUCGAGGGGGCAAUACAUCCAGAGUUCCAUUUGACGAUGUUAUGUACAGCAGAAGAAGAACACGGUACGUCAUUAAAACUGUUCCCUCUGCAAUAUCAAAACAGAGGGUGGCCACAGAUAAGUAACAGUGGGGGGCAGCAGAGGGAGAGGAUGGAUGUCUUGACUCACAUACUGACAGACCCUCUUGAGCCAAAAGAGGAAGAGGAUGCUCAGAUUACAGAAGAGUGCAUGCUGGGUAACUGCAGGGUCAGCCUCCCCGAGGAACUACUUGAAGAUCCUGAAAUCUUCUUCUCUGUGAUGAGUGAGAGCACGUGGACCAAAGUGCUGUCAGAUUCUCAGCGGCAACACCUCAGUCAGUUUUUGCCGCAAUUCCCCGACAAUAAUGAAGCAGAGCAGGGCAGCGCCAUUGAAGACCUGUUCAACAACAGAAAUUUUCAUUUUGGAAAUCCUCUUCAUCUUGCACAAAAACUAUUCAGAGAUGGUUACUUCAACCCUGAAGUCGUCAAGUACAGACAGCUGUGUGCCAAGUCUCAGCAAAGGCGACAAUUAUACUCUCUUCAGCAGUAUUACCACAGGCUGCUGAAACAAAUCCUCGUCUCUCGAAAGGAGUUAUUGGACUUUGCGGUUCACAAUGGUCUGGACUUUCCACCAAAGAAAAAGUUACAUACAAGGAGUCACACUGAACUACGAGAACAAAAGGUCAGAAGAAGACUGAGACGCAUUUUAAAGGAGGUGAAAACUGAAUGUGGCGACAGUAAUGCUUCCUCAGAUGAUGAUGAUCUAACGUUGUGGACGCCAGCACCACAAUCCCCUUCUUCGCCCACAUCCACUGUCCCUCUCAGGGUUGUGCCUAGCCUCUCUACCCAAGACAUGGAGAUUUCUGAAAAAAUCCAGCUUGGCGAGCAGGACUUGAAGGCUAUGCUACAAAACCAUCGGGAAAAGAGGAAACAACAACCAGAUCAUCCAGACUUAAUGACCUCUGAUAUCCACCUCUGCGACAUACUUUCCAGGGCAAAUAUCGGUCGCAGGUCAGCUUUACCACUUUCUGAGCUGUUGCUGCCCAAGAAAAAAAUAAAAGAAGAGCGAAGGAAGAAAAAAAUGAGGACAGUGAAAGUGGAGUCUGAGGAUCCCUGUGAGAGUCUUACUUCUGAUGCCGCACCAACCCCUGUGGCGAACAUUAUCAACUCCAUGCCAGACACUCCGUUGACACCACUGGCCCACAUCAAGGAGGAAAUCCUGGAGGAUCCGCCGAGCAACCCGGUCGUCGUGGAAGAACUAGCCGUCAGCUUCUUCAACUUAUUGGAGACCAUCUUGAGGACGGAACACCUCGCCAGCACUUCACUGUUAGAGGAAAAAGUGCAGAUGUGGCAGUUGUCUCCUGCAAGCUCGCUCAACGCCUGGUUUUCUUCUGCCUCCUGCUGGUCCGACUUGGUCCUCCAUGCCCUGCAGUUUCUUGCAGGAGAGAGUAAAGAAGGUGUCAUGGCACUCCCUAGCGGGUUCCUGCCAUUCGUGGAGUUUGUUGAUGAAACGCAGCAGUGGAAAUGGAUCGGCCCCACUCACGAUGCAGAGAAGGACAUAAUUGCACUCUGUCAACUCUGGCUGGACUCCAAAGAUUUUGUGGUCAAGACUGAAAGUGAAGAACUAACUGAGUUAACAACCCCCAUGCCACGAGUUUCCACCGAUUAUGUGGUGAGACCCAGCACAGGAGAUGAGAGACAACUGUUCCAAAUUCAGGAGCAGCAGAGAUACAACCAACCCCACAAAGCCUUCACAUUCCGCAUGCACGGUUUUGAAUCGGUGGUGGGGCCUGUCAAGGGAGUGUUUGAUAAGGAAAUGUCCCUCAAUAAAGCCCGGGAGCAUACGCUGCUGCGCUCCAACCGCCCCCCAUAUGUUACCAUCCUCUCUUUGGUGCGGGACGCAGCAGCCAGGCUACCCAAUGGAGAGGGAACUCGGGCAGAGAUCUGUGAACUGCUGAAGGACUCACAGUUUCUGGCCCCCCAUGUCACAAGUGCACAGGUCAACACGGUUGUCAGCGGGGCUCUGGAUCGACUCCACUACGAGAAGGACCCCUGUGUGAAGUAUGAUAUUGGGCGCAAACUGUGGAUUUACCUGCACCGCAGCCGCAGUCAGGAAGAGUUUGAGAGGAUCCACCAGGCUCAAGCGGCUGCCGCAAAAGCAAGAAAAGCACUUCAGCAGAAGCCAAAACCUGCAUCCAAACCUAAAUCUGGCUGCAAAGAAGGAGGGGGUAAAACAGCUGGCUUUUUGGAAACAGGGCAGGAUAUAGGUUCCAAUCCCAUGUCACCAACACAUUCUACACCUACCCCAAACACUCCUGUCACCCCAAAGUCACCCUUGCCUUGCACAGUUACUACACCAACUAAGACCACAGUGCCUGACGCAACCAAAUCCAACUCAGGCGUUCUCUUGGUGUCUCCCCCAUCCUUGCCCCAGCUGGGCUCCCUCUUACCCGCCAGUCAGGCCGGUCCAGCCACACCGCAGCCCGUUACUUCCCAGCACGCGGCUCGGAUAGUGAGUCACCUGGCGGCCGGCUCCCUCCCUCAGGUGCGGGUUGUCUCCACUCAGCCUGGACUGGGUUCUCCAUCAGGAAGUCAGCAAGCCACUUUGGUCCAUCAAAGCCCUCAUCAGAUCAGAAUGCCAGUGUCUGUGGCAACCAAGAGCAUCUCACAGGCAGUGGUUUCUGUGCCUUUGAGGAGCCAGUCUGGGAGUCCAGUGCAGGUGCCAAACAGUGUGUCAGUCUCCACGGUAACCAUGCCUAAGCCUCAGACUGUGUCGCCCGGCAGCCCGGCCAGCGUUCCCACAUCGGCGUCAGCUGUGGUGCAAGGAGUUGCCAACCAAAACAUCAAACAGGUGUCCCUCACAGGCCAGUUAGGAGUGAAGACCCCACUUACCGCCACAAACCUCCGCUUCCAGGGUAAAGAUGUCUUGCGUCUACCAUCCUCCUCCAUCACCACAGACGCCAAAGGCCAGACUAUACUGCGGAUUACACCAGACAUGAUGGCCACGCUCACCAAAUCUCCCGUGGCAACAGUCAAACUCACUCCCGACUUCCUGGGCUCGGCCGGCGGUACCAAGAGCAUAUCGGCCACUCUCCACGUCACACCCCCUCACGCUUCCGUCUCUGCCGCUACGUCCUGCACAGGGGAGGUACCCGCCACCAAAACUGCGCCCAUCACUUCCACCCUGCUGAAGGCUGCGGGAGACACGGCCAUACGCCUGAUGCCCACUAUGGCCGUCACCGUGGCCGACCAGAAAUCUCGGACCUUCUCUACCGUCACCUCCCCGGAGAAAAGCGGUACCACGAUCCGUAUCAUGCCAGGCCUCGGGGUAAUGCCGCAGAAGCAAGGGCAGACCAUCACGAUGUCAUCUGCCGGCGGCAGCAAGCCCCAAGCGGUGUCCACCAGCGCCAACGUCAUGACCAUGGCCGCCAGUGUGGUGGCUGGCGCGAAGGGCAUCACGGCGGCGGGUCCGGGAACCUCGUCUUCUCCUCUGAAACUGGGAACAGCCACGGCAACAAUGCGCCAGGUGGCUGGCCCCGUGGUCAACACACAGACGGGGAAGAUACCUGCACGCAUCACAGUUCCUCUCUCUGUCCUCAACCAACCACUAAAAAGUAAAAGUGUAGUGACCACGCCAAUUGUGAAGGGGAGUCUCAACACCAAUAUCAGCAGCCUGGGAAGGAACAUCAUCCUGACCACCAUGCCUGCGGGCACCAAACUGAUCGCUGGGAACAAACCAGUUAGCUUUGUCACAGCGCAACAGUUCCAACAGCUGCAGCAGCAAGGACAGGCCACACAGGUUUGGUACAAGUUUCACCACGAAGCAGACCAGGUUCGCAUCCAGACCGUGCAGGCACAGCAGCUCCAGCAGCACAUGGCGGCCGCUUCCCCCAAAUCGGUCUCCACGGUUGUCGUCACAACAGCGCUUUCGCCAAAAUGUCCGCCCGAUCUUCCACCCACACCUCCUCAGUGAUCUGAGCUCGGCGUCUGAGAUGUUUGUGUAAUAUUGCCGUUUUAGUGCGUACUCUUUUCUGUGUAACUUGAAAGCACACGUUCAGUUAUGUUUGACAAUGUCAACAAAGUUUUUUUUUUUUUCUUUUCUAAUUACCUUCCUCAACUAU